AGCACAUUGACAACCAUGAUCUAUUUCUCAAUGUGUUUACCACAGGGCUGCUGGGCGUAUGAAGUCCGCAGCAAAAUGUGAUAUACGGACAAAACUUAUCCGCAAUCAUUUCUAGGACGCUGUUGGAGCUGGCGCGUACGCGUCGCACCAGGGACGCGGCUCGCAGGCGCAUGGUAGCUUUAAAACACGACACAUGCGCCUCCGCAAACAUCCCUGACGCGCUGCAAUAUCGCGGUAGCCCCAUCAGCGAGACAAUUCUAAAAACCCCUAACACAAUUAGGUUGCGUUGUUUCAUCACAGAGUUCCUAUGGCCACCUUCUGUCUCCAUCAUCAGAUCAGCUCGAUGGUACCAUAAUAUUGCAUUGUCAUCCGAUUUAUACAUGCAUGCAAAAUUUCAGCUCAAUCGGAAACCAGGAAGUGGAUCAAAUUUAACUUGCAAGAUUUGAUUACAGACAGACAGACAACGGUCCGGAAAUAAAAAGUCCACGCCGCGUCUUUGGAUUUGAUUUUUUUUGAUAUUUUACAUUUAAUAUUUGCUUCGGGUUGGUGUUGUGAAAAAUUUUGUGUUUCACUCGGGGGCAAAUUUUGUUUAACACUUUGACUACCGAGAACCCGCCUGGUAGGCACUCGUAAUGUUUGCUCAGAUGCCGGACAACCCGCCCAGCGGGUUGUUUUGUACGCAGAUAUAGGAGCAUUCCAUGAAAUUGUCUACCGUUGUCCCGUACAAACGCGAAGUUUCUGAAGAUUUAAAGGUAUAAGAGUUUCCUUUUCUAUGACAAAUGGUCAAAAAUAUGCACAGAAAAAUAAUCGCCUGCUUUAAAUACCGAGAAAAAAGUCACAACACAGGAAAUAAAAUGCGUUUGUACGGGACAACCCGUGGAAUGCUCCUAUAGACGACCGGUUUCUGGGGUAGUGCGCCGUUUUUUGCCCGGUUGCGAAAGUGUCCCUCGUGCUUUGAAACCGUCGCAAUGCUCAAGAUUCCAUUUUUCGGACCACUCACUACGAUCGUGGUUCAAUUUUGGAAUGUUUCGCGUGCUCGGGUAUCAAUAUUAGCAGGAGCGGUUAAAUAACAACUUUGCCCCCUUGUAAAACAAACAGCAGAACUAUUAUCUCGCGUGUCCUUCGUCGUGGACGGGACAAAAUAAGAAGAAAUAGUUGAUCCACCCAAAUAAAUUUCUAAUUUGUACCUUGACUUCACGGUAAUUCUAGUAGGUAGUGUACAUACCUAUGUCAAUAUGUCUACAAUAAUAAUAAAGGUACCUAUUUACAGGUAGGACAGACUAAAGGAAAAAUCAAAGCCAUUCAUGUCACAUUACUUUUGAAUGAGCCGUGUUAAUAGUUUAAAUUAAAGCGAUCAUUAAUUAUUACCAUUAAUAUGAAUCUGAUUACAUUUUCCACUAAAAGGCUGAUGAUUAAUGUAAUGUUUUCAUAAUGGAAUCAAAGUCGCGUCGAAGGCAUUGUGUUCAAGUCAAACGAAUGGUACCUGUCUAAUAGGUCUAACAAUUACUAGUGCGACUUGCAACAAGAAGUAGCGUGUCAGACAAAAUACCUGUAACGUAACAAUGGGAAAGUAUCAUCGGUGCUGCAUUUUCCUUUUACUAGUGACGUUUUGCGAUGGUACGAAGCUUUAUGAACAAAACGAUAACACCGAGCUGCACAAAUGUAUUACCAUGAUAUUACGGCGAAUAGAACUCGGAAAUGCAUCGGAUAUUACCGUAAUCAAUCUGGACGUGGAGCUGGUUCAGGCGCUGCACUCCCUGCUGCCGCGCCCGGUGAGGUUCGUCUCCAGAACAUUCUACUGGCCGAACGGUACUGUGUUCAACGACGUCUAUAUCAUUCAGUGCGAGGACAUUUCCGUAUUCACACAGGGAAUGGACUCCGUUAGACGAGACCCUUUUUGGAAUCCGCGAGCGAAAUUCAUAAUCAUCAUCCAUAAUCUCGAAGAUUACCUUCAAGAGGUAUCAGAGUUUCUUAUACAUAAUCAUAUUUACAACGUCGCUCUUAUUGGUUACUCGGGCGAUCAAAAUGUAACGAUUUAUUCAUUUGGUCACCAACGAGACGAAUGUGACAGACCUAUAACUCCUUGUUUGAAAAUUCAGAACAAAGACAUCGACAGAAUAUUAACGUCGGACAGAAAACCCGAUCUACGAGGCUGUCGUGUUAAAUUUGUGACGCACAACUAUUGGCCUUUUGUGUCAUUUGAAGGAAAGCCUGCUAUUGACAAUUAUUUGUUAACAUUAUUUCGUCAGUACGAAGGUAUCACUGUCGAACUUGAAAAUUUUGGAAUAAUUGUAACUCUUGGUGAACGUUUGAGUAACUUUACGUACACGGGCAUGUUACACGAGAUAGAAACAUACCAAGUGGAAGGAGCUAUAGGCGGUUACUCACUAACUUUCGGUCGAAUGUCAAACUUGGAUUUCAUAGACCCUUACAUGGUUAAUCGUUUCAAUAUUGUAAUACGUCGAUCAGAACUGCUCAGUAUGUGGUCGGCUGUUCUCAAACAAUUCGGAGUACAAACGGCGUGGACUAUUUUUGCAAUAUUCUGUGUCCUUUGUGUAAUAGUUACUUUCAUAGGAAUAUUUAAAAAACAAGUGAGGGAUACGAGUCGCGAUAUCCUCAUCGUAUGGGGUUAUUUUCUCAAUAACAUAAGACAGGAGAAAAUUAAAUCAAGAGUAGCUUAUAGAAUGCUGGUACUUAAUAUACUUCUGUACGUAUUUAUAAUCUCAUGCGCUAUUCAAGCAUCCUUGCUGGGCUUCACAACGCAUCCCAUUCGAGGUUACCAGCCCAACACCGUCGAAGAAGUCAUGUCAAACUACGAAUUUAUCAUGAGCCCCGCUAUGUACACUCACUUACAAAGAAAUCCAGUUAUCGACUUAUCGAACGUCAACUCAACCUGCUGCAACACGACUUUAAACUGUUUGAUGAAGGUUAUGACGAAUGCUGAUCAGAAUCUGUUUACUAUAACAUCGAACAUUUAUCACGCGAGUAACAUCUGGAAGUUCGCUGAUGCGUAUGGCGACCUGAAGAUCCAUACAUUAAGAGAACCGCUUGGAACGAUUCUGCAGACUAUGUACCUUCGGCGAGGGUCGCCUCUAACGGCACGCUUCAACAGGCUGCUUCUAAGGAUCCGUUCAGCAGGUUUGAUCGAUAGGUUUGUGAGUAGACUCCAUUACGCCGAACGGGUGAAGUACAAAUUCAACGCGCGUGGACACAGAAAGCCUCAAACAUUGCACGGGCUGAGAGGGGUGUUCAUGGUUUUCAUUUAUGGGUGCUGUAUAUCUGUUAUUACGUUUGUUAUUGAAUAUUUGUCGUCGAUAAUUUUCGUUGUUUGCUAUAUUUAAUCAAGUAACAAGAUGGAAAGGUGUAGUAAUGUAGUGCUAAAGGACAUGAAGGA